AGCCCCACGAUUGCCGCGCGCGCACUGUGGCCCCCCGACGCUGGCACGGGCGGCGGUUCGGAGCGCUUCCAAAGUCCAGCACAUUCAAGUGCCCAAAGCGGAGCAGGUCAGGUGCUGAGCCGCGGGGUCCAGAGCAAUGCUGCUGAAGAAAGUGCUCCUGCUGACCCUGGUGGCCCAGGUGCAGAUGCUGGAGAAUGGGCUCCUGAGGCAGCCACCCAUGGGCUGGCUGGCCUGGGAGCGUUUCCGCUGCAACACAGACUGUGAUAAGGACCCCAAGAACUGCAUCAGCGAGCGGCUCUUCAUGGAGAUGGCUGACCGGCUGGCACAAGAUGGAUGGCGGGACCUGGGCUACGUGUACCUCAACAUUGAUGACUGCUGGAUUGGCGGGCGCGACUCCACGGGUCGCCUCAUACCCGAUCAGAAGCGUUUCCCCAAUGGCAUUGCCUUCCUGGCUGACUAUGCUCACUCCCUGGGCCUGAAGCUGGGCAUCUAUGAGGAUUUGGGCAACUUCACCUGCAUGGGCUACCCGGGCACCACUCUCGACAAGGUGGUCCAGGACGCCCAGACGUUCGCCGAGUGGAAGGUGGACAUGCUGAAACUGGACGGCUGCUUCUCAACUGCCGAGGAGCGGGCCCAGGGGUACCCCAAGAUGUCGGCUGCCCUGAAUGCCACCGGCCGCCCCAUCGCCUUCUCCUGCAGUUGGCCCGCCUAUGAAGGGGGCCUCCCCCCGAAGGUGGACUACAAACAGCUGGCAAGCAUCUGUAACCUCUGGCGCAACUACAUAGACAUUCAAGACUCGUGGAGCAGCAUGCUGUCUAUCCUGGACUGGUUCAUGGCCCACCAGGACAUCCUACAGCCCGUGGCAGGCCCAGGGCACUGGAACGACCCAGACAUGCUGCUCAUCGGUAACUUCGGCCUGAGCUUCGAGCAGGCGCGCGCCCAGAUGGCCUUGUGGACCAUCCUGGCGGCCCCGCUCUUCAUGUCCACGGACCUGCGCACCAUCAGCCCCCAGAACGUGGACAUUCUGCAGAACGCGCUCAUGAUCAAGAUCAACCAGGACCCCCGAGGCAUCCAGGGGCGCAGAAUUAUCCAGGACCCGGACCACAUAGAGGUGUUCCUGCGGCCCCUGGUGAACCGGACCUUCGCCGUAGUGUUCUUCAGCCGCCGAACGGACAUGCCAUACCGCUACCACAUCUCCCUGGACCGGCUGAUCUCCAACAACUCCACGGUGUAUGAGGCCCAGGAUGUCUACACGGGUGCGAUCAUCAGCAACCUUAAGCACACCACCAACGUCACCGUCACCAUCAACCCUUCAGGGGUGGUCAUGUGGUACCUGUACCCCACCCGGAAGCUGGGGCGGACCCAUCACUGAGGAGCUGGACGUGUGACAGGCUGCCGCAGCACGGACUGGGCCUGGACUGGGCUGCCACCUCGAGCGCCGAGGACCUAGCCGGCCAGCUGGGCAUCCCACCACCCAGCGACCCCAUCAGACCCCCACAUGCAACCGCCAACCUCGAGGCCAGGGGCCACCCGGCCCCUGCCCAAGCGUGUGUCCUCAUGGAAAUGCAAGGUGCCCCAUGGCCUCUGCUCGGUCUUGGCGACACCUGGACCAGCCUGCAGGACCCCUGAGGCACAGUGACAGAGCCCUCGGAACUUCCGCUGCCAACCCGGUGCUCACUGUGAAGUCAGGAUUCGGAACCGGUCUUGCCAGGAGGGGAGAUGGAAGCGG